AUCGAUUUAGGUGCUGGUGUUAGUGGUCUCACUACAGCCAUCAUGCUUUUGCGCAAUGGUCACAAAAAUGUUGUAGUCGUUGGCAAGCAUAUUCCCGGUGACAUGUCUCACGAAUACACUUCGCCUUGGGCUGGUGCUUCCGUUCUCAGCUUUGCUACCAGCACUGAUAAGCGCCUUCAAGCAAUCGACAGAUACACACUCAAAGAAUUCAAACGGUUGGCAAACGAAGAUUUCUCUGCCGGUGUGAUGUAUUGCCCCGGUCUUCAGUACAAUGACCUACCAGAUAUGCCCGGACAGGACAGCCUGUGGGUUCGUGAUCACUAUGCAGAGUUCAAAGAGAUUCCUAAGGAUUUACUGCCUGAGGGAACAGCAUUUGGUUUCCGUUUUGUAUCGUUCACUACAAGUGUUCCUACCUAUCUCGCAUGGUUGGUUCGCACUCUUGAGAGUCUUGGAGGUCGCCUCGAAAGAGGUAGCUUUGAAAGUCUCCAAGAAGUAAUGGAAAAAUACAAGGAUGCAGAUACUCUGAUCAACUGUACUGCUAUGGGUGCCCGCGACCUGAAGGAUGUUUUGGAUGAUAAUAUGUACACUCUUCGUGGUCAGACUGUCCUCGUUCGCGCUCCCCACGUUAAGCAACAGUUCUAUCGUGAUGGUGAUGGAUAUUUCACUUAUAUCAUCCCUCGUGCUGAUGGAAACGUUAUCUGUGGUGGUACCAUGGACUUGGUAAACAAAGAUCCUAAGCCUGAUGCUGAAUUGACCAAGACAAUACUCAAGAACUGCUGCAACCUUUAUCCUGACAUCACCCAUGGCAAGGGACCCGAAGCAUUUGAUAUUGUCUCUGUUAACGUUGGUUUCAGACCUGGACGCAAGGGUGGAAUUCGUAUUGAG